AUGUAUAUUAUAAACAAUGUUCAAGAAUAAAUAAUCAAUUAUUAUAAGAAGUGGCAGAACAUAGUUACAUAGAAACACUCUUUGAAAAAGCUAUGUAUAAAGGCUAAAGAGGAAAUCACUUAAAUUGCAAAACAAAUAAUAUUAACAAUGUUAAUAGCAUAAAUUUAAAUAGAAACAAAUCAAAGUUGUCCAAUUUGUUUAAAUGAAGACCUUAUUUUUAAAGGAGUUUAAUCAGAAUAAUGUAAACAUUCAUUUUGUAUUGCUUGUAUAAAUGGCUAUUGGAAACAUAAUUAAAAGAAAUAGUUAAAAUGUCCAUGUUGCAGAGCCAAAAUUAGUACUUUCGCUAAAUCUAAAAAAUUAUAAGAUGAAUUUUAGUAAGAAUGUAAUUAAUUUAUAUUGGAAUACAGAGUUCGUUGCACAGUCUUAAAAUAUAAUAUUAUUUAUGUAAACUUUAUUAAAAAUAUUUUAGCCAUUUUAGAUAAUAGCAAACAUUUACAAGCAUUUAGGUUAACUUUUUAAUCUAUGUAAAAUUUUACUAAAAUUGUCUAUCUAAUUGUAACUUGUUUUAUGUUUUAUAUUGUGUAUUUAUGUGUUAUCACCAAUUGAUUUAUUUCCAGAAGCCAUAUUUGGAGUUUUAGGAUUGGUAGAUGAUCUUUUGUGCAUAAUAUUUAUAGUUUGGAUACUAAUUACUCAAAUUAUGAUUAGAAUCUUUUUUUGA